AUGGAACUCGCUAAUCCGGGAACUCAAACAGCAGCGAUAAGCACCCAACCCGAGAUUAUUACAGUGUUUCCGGAAGCCGCCGAUACUGGACCUGUUUCUACCGGGGAUGGGAAGCAACCCGUGGAGUUGCCGCGAGUUGACAAUGCGGGAGUGACUGUAGCGGGGGGAGUGGAAAGGGAGGGGAGCGAGGAGCAGGGAGCAGACGAGCUGGGUCAGGAGAGUGAGAUGGAGAGUAAAGACGAGGAGGAGGUUGGGUCCCGGCGGGAAGCAAGUGAGCGCGCGGCGGAAGCGGAGGCGGAAGCGGGGGGGCGAAGGGGAGCGGAAGCGGAACCGGGGGAGGAGGAAACGGGCUCGCGGGAUGGGUCCGGGGAAGCGGAUGUUACCAGCGGGGGACGGGGUCAGGGGGAGGGGCAGGGGCGAGUGAAUGGCGCAUUGGCGCAACUACGGGGGGGAGCUUCUGGGAGAGAGGCGGAGGGUGGGGCGGGGGGCGGAGUGGAGGGAGCGAGUGGCGCGGGAGCGGGAGGAGAGGGAGAGGGGGAGGGAGAGAGCGAGGGAGAGCGUGAGGGAGAGGGUGAGAGAGAGGAAGGGGGAAAGGGAGAGGGGGGGUGGGAGCCUUUGCGCGGGCCAGCAGAGGGCAUGACAUGCCGGGCGUGGUUGGAGGAGCAAGACGAAGUGGCCAUUGGGAGGGAGUUUGAGCAGCAGCCGGUGCGAGUGGCCUCCAGCGAGGUGAAGCGGUGGGACUGUGACGUGCCAUGCGAGUUUGUGAGCCAGGGGGACGACGUGGAUGCCAGUCUCACGUACGCCGUGGCAGGCAAGAUGGUGCUGCGCUCGAUGGAGGCGCGCUCCUACUACCCCGCCAACGACCCCGCUGUGUCCCGGGGGUCUCACAGUGUGGUGAUGACAGUGCACUACGACUCGGAUGUGCCAGUGCAGUACGGGUCAUGGGAGGAGUAUGAUAUCAUGCGGCCCCCCGUCCCCAAGACAGCAGAUGCCAUUGCUGCUGCGUUCAUCAGCAACUGUGCCGCCAACAACUUCCGACUCAAGGCAGUGGAGGAGCUGCAGAAGUUCUUCCCCGUGCACUCGUAUGGUCGCUGCCUCAACAACCGGCCCUACGAGCAUGAUAAGUUGGCAGUGAUUCAGCGCUACAAGUUCUCGCUCGCCUUUGAGAACUCCUGUGAACCGGACUACAUCACUGAGAAGUUCUGGCAGUCCCUGGUGGCGGGGUCCGUGCCCGUGGUGGUGGGGCCGCCCAACAUUGCCGACUUCGUGCCGGACAACACCUCGUACCUGCACAUAGCGAGCGAGGAGGAUAUCCCCAGGGUGGCGCGCCAAAUGGAGGCCAUAGCUGCAGACAAGGACGCGUACAACAGGAUGCUCGAGUGGAAGCGAUCUGGACCGUCGGAUCAGUUCAUCGCCAACGUGGAUCUGUCGGCUGUGCACUCCUCCUGCCGCCUCUGUGUGCUACUGGCCGAUCGCAUCCGCACGCAAGAGAUCGCUGCCUCGCGCAAGCCACGGCCCUGCAGGUGUGAGAGUGUAGACUCGGGCAAGAAGCAGCUCACAUACCAUCUCUACGUGCGUGAAAGAGGCACAUACCGCUACACCUCCGUCUUCCUUACAAGCACCUCGCUCACCCUACCGGGCCUCCGCCGAGCCAUUCGCCGAACCUUCAAAAAGAAGGGCUACAAGCCUGUUUGGGUCGGCAAGAGACCAGCCGUUUUGGCGUCGGAAAAAAUGAUCAAGGCGUUGCGGAUUUUCCACGUGUAUCCAGCAGGGUCGAACCAGCGGGAGGCAAUGUUUGGGAGUGCGUGGUUUCAAACCACGGAGCAGUUCACCAACUAUGGUUACGCGGAUUUUCUGCUCAACUGGGCGGUGUACGCGGGCGAGCUGGGGUACGGGCGGAAUUUCCUAGUAUUCGCCGAAGACAGGGAGAGCUUCGACCUGCUGAGAGAACGAUUCCCGAGACAGGUGGUGAGAUGGCACGUGCAGGAGAUAGAGCAGGCAGGAGAGGAGGAGCUCAAGGCAGCAGGGCUGGUGGAGGAGAGUGAUAGUGCCAGUGUCUUCUUCCAUGCCUCCGGGAAGAAUAAGGGUGCUCCCUAG